AUGAGAAAGAUCAUUGAGUCUAGGAGGUAUCUUCUACAAGCCCCAAACCUUCAUGGUGACCUGCAUUUGAGAUUUGCUGUUGUGGCAUCUCAAUCUAAGUUCUCUAUAAAAAAGAUGUACAUUGCUAUGCUGCCACAGCAUCCUAAAGUACCAUGGAAGUGUCUCACAUUGCAAGCUGGAAUCCACCCUAGAUAUAAAUUCAUCUUAUGGUUAACAAUGAGGAGAAGGCUAGCUACUGUAGACAGGCUCUUUAAAUUUGGAAUCAUUGUCCCUCCAACUUGUGUUUUCUGCAAUACUUAUGAUGAGACCUUGCUUCAUUUAUUUUUUUACUGCACUGCUACUAAAGCAUUAUGGCACAGGAUGCUAGUUUGGUUAGGGGUACACAGAGCAAUUGGAAGUUGGCAAGAGGAAGUUCAAUGGACUACUACAAUGGUAAAGAGGAAGUCUGGCAGGGGAGCAAUUACCAGUGCUGUUUUUGCUAUGGUGAUUGCUCUGGUCUGGAGAGAUAGAGAUCUAAUCAGGUUCCAAAGCCAUAACUACAAUGAAGAUAGAUUAUGCAAAGAGAUUGUUGUCCAUCUGCAUAUUAGAGGUAGAACAAGAAGGAAAUGGCAACCAGUAUUGUCCCAGCUGAAUCCUAUGCCAUAA